AUGACCAGCGAUAAUUUUAAUUUGAAACCAGUUUCUAUGCCAAACAAAAAUUCUGCGGCGCAGCCGAACGCCGAAGACUGCACAGAUCCAAGCAAGCAGAAGAAGUGGCGCGAGAGUCGGGAGACCCUGAGUCACGCCAGCCAUGGCGAACUAAACCGAGUGAACACCGUGGCAGCAACAUUCAGCGGCAAGUGGACCUCGGAGGCUUCAUCCACACUACAGUUGUCUGCACCUCGUGGACGUAGCUAUGCCACAACAUAUGAACAAUAUGCCGCCUUUCCAAGACGCCGCAGCUCCUCGCCAGCGGGAGAGAUGCAGUCUCGCGCUGUCGAUACUAGCGCCGAUUUCGAAGUGCUUGAGGGGCAGCCCCGCGGCACGCUCGUUGGUUUUAUACCGACAAAGCCCAAAUUCACCUACCGAUUUAAUGAGCCUCCGCGAGAGUUUACACUGGACCAGAUAACGGGCGAAGUUAAGACAAAUGUUGUGCUAGAUCGUGAGGGUAUGCGAAGCCAUUAUGACCUUGUGGUACUCUCAUCGCAGCCCACGUAUCCAAUAGAAGUGCGCAUAAAAGUGCUCGAUAUCAAUGAUAAUGCACCCGAGUUUCCUGAGCCAAGUAUUGCCGUCUCUUUUUCGGAAAGCGCAGUGGCCGGAACUCGCCUGUUGCUUGAUGCAGCGACAGAUGCUGAUAUCGGCGACAAUGGAGUUACCGAUCAUUAUGAGAUUGUGGCGGGCAAUUUGGAUAAUAAAUUUCGAUUAGUCACCACAACGAAUCCCAGCGGCGAUACGUCCUACUUGCACUUGGAGACGACCGGCAACUUGGAUCGCGAAUCACGCGGAAGCUACCAACUAAAUAUUUCGGCCAGCGAUGGUGGCUCUCCACCUCGACUGGGGUUUCUCCAAGUAAACGUCACAAUACUGGACGUUAACGACAACCCACCGAUUUUCGACCACAGCGACUACAGCGUAACGUUAAACGAAACUGUUAUGCCCGGUUCGCCAGUUCUUCAGGUCAUGGCAUCGGAUAACGAUUUGGGCGACAAUAGCAAGCUCACCUACUACUUGGCCGAGACGGAACAUCAGUUCACGGUCGAUCCCGAGACGGGCGUCAUUUCUACCACUGUGCGCCUAAAUUGCCCACAGCAAACGAGUCAGCAGCCCCGAGAGCCCACAGGCAAGGGUCACAUCCAAAAGAGCUGCGUCUUCACGGUUUUUGCCCGCGAUCAUGGCUCUCCCCGUCAGGAUGGGCGUACCUAUGUUACUGUGAAUCUGUUGGAUACCAACGAUCAUGAUCCUAUUAUACGCUUUCAGUACUUUCCACCAACUGGCCGCGUUGCCACCGUGGAUGAGAACGCCAGCAACGGAACAGUGGUUGCUGCCGUGUCAGUGAUUGACUCGGACGAUGGUCUCAACGGAGAGACAACAACUCGCAUAGUUUCUGGCAACGAACUGCAUCAUUUUCGAUUGGAAAAGACUCCACUAUUUCACAUUGUCCGUGUCAAUGGAGUACUCGAUCGUGAGGAGAUUAGCAAAUACAAUUUGACUGUUGUGGCUAUAGACAAAGGAACGCCAGAGCGAAAGGCGAUAGCAUAUCUUAUUAUUAAUGUAAAUGACGUCAACGAUCAUGAGCCCGUGUUCGAGAAGUCCGAAUACACGGCUGUGCUUAGUGAACUAGCGCCAACGGGCACCUUCGUGGCCUCGAUCGCUGCCACAGAUGAGGAUACGGGCGUCAAUGCGCAGGUGUUCUAUGAAAUCCUUACGGGAAACGAGCUCAAGUGGUUUAACAUCGAUACGACGACGGGCCUUAUAGUGACAACAGGUCCACUAGACAGGGAGGUUCAAGCCAGCGUAGAACUAAGCAUAUCAGCACGUGAUGGCGGGCCCAAUCCCAAGUUCGCUUACACUCAACUAAAGGUCACCAUCUUGGACGAAAACGACGAGGCACCACACUUCGGACAAAAAGAACUCAACGUAAGCCUCAGCGAGGGCGUAAGUCCCCCGACAAUAGUCGCAUUGCUGUCUGCCACAGACAACGACCAGGGAACGAACGGAUCGGUUACAUUUUCCUUAGCGCCCAGUGUGGAACGCCUGUACCCACAACAAUUUGCUAUUGACUCCAUAACGGGCCAAUUAAUGACGCGCAAAGCUCUCGAUCGUGAGACAAUGGCGAAUUAUGAAAUUUUUGUGAUCGCGCGCGAUCAAGGCGCACCGGCACCACAGUCGGCCACAGCUACUGUUUACCUCAGCAUUUCAGAUAUAAACGAUAAUAGUCCAGAGUUUUAUCCAAAGAAUUACAUCUACACACUGAAGGACCGCGAGGCUGAUGUCGCACCGAACAGCAUGCGAACUCUGCUCAAUGUCACGGCCACUGAUCGCGACGAGGGCGAUAACGCCUUAAUUACAUACAACCUAGAAUCUGGUGGCGACAAAGUUUUCCACGUUGACUCUCGCACGGGUGCUGUCAUAUUUACGUUACGUGGCGAUGAUGCUCUUAAACAACUGAAAAAACCCUAUUACAAGCUGCGCAUCUCUGCCCGAGACUCUGGUGAACAACGCAGCUCGCAGGAUGCCGUUGUGGAAAUUAUAAUGGAAUCUAAAUCAACUACGCUCGACUUUGACGCUUAUAAUGGAUAUGAUUUUCAAGUUGUUGAGGAUCCUGAUCAAAAGAUGGCAAAACUGGGUCGCGAUGUUGGCCGGGUGCAAGUAAAGCGGCAACCGAUCUUUGCAGAUGCAGCCAUCGAGUAUGUUAUCAUUUAUGGUGACAGAGCCGAAUAUUUUGCAAUUGACCAACACAGCGGCCGCAUCACAACUGCACGCCGUAUUGAUCGAGAAGCACAGGCACAAUAUCAGUUAGUUGUCAUGGCGCGCAGCGUAAAUGGGUCUAGCUCCAUGUCUGGAUUUGCCUAUGGCAAGUGCAAUGUUCACAUAACGAUUCUUGAUUUGAAUGAUAAUGCACCCAAUUUCGCUCAAGAUCGUGACACAGAAGCUUCAAUUUGGUUGCCGGAGGAUACCGCUGUGGGGCAAGAAAUUUAUUUGUCCCGUGCCCGCGACCGUGACGCUGGUGUCAACAGUCGCAUUCGCUAUAAUUUCACCUACAACCCGGAUCAACAGUUUCGCAUUAAUCCUGCCACAGGUGUAGUCUACUUGCAGAAGCCAGUACGUGCUGAUCCUGGCACAGUUUUUUAUGUGGAGAUAAUUGCUACAGAUGGGGGUACGCCAUCGCUAAGCAGUCGACUUAGUCUCCCCGUACAUAUUGCCGACGUAAAUGAUCACACUCCUGUAUUUGAUCACACAUCCUAUGAAACUUCGCUCUUGGAGACCACCAAGGUGAACACACGCUUUUUCGCGCUAGCUGCCUCGGACAGUGAUCUUGGGCCCAACGGACGUAUAUCAUAUGAGAUAAUAGAUGGAAAUUCUGACCGUAAAUUUGGAGUCUUCCCUGAUGGCUUCUUGUUUGUCCGCGCGCCUCUCGAUCGCGAGGAACGCGACUAUUAUGCACUUACAAUUUCUUGUAGCGAUGCCGGCACACCAUCCCGGUCGUCGGUGGUACCAGUCGUCAUUCAUGUUAUAGAUGAGAACGACAAUCCACCACAGUUCACAAAUGGUACAUUCACUUUUAAUAUCCCAGAGAACGCCCCAGCAAAUACAUUUGUCGGAAAGUUAACUGCGGUGGAUCGAGAUAUUGGACGAAAUGCAGAAUUAAGUUUCAGUGUCCUCUCGCAGUCACAGGACUUUAAGAUUGAUACGCACAAUGGCUUUAUCAAGACCCUUCGACCUUUCGAUCGGGAGGCUCUGGUGCGAAGCACAGGCAAUAGUGCCAGCCUCGGCGACGAGGAACGAAAUAUCAGUAGCGGUGGCUCCAAUUAUAUACUGCUGGAGGCUAUUGUCACAGACAAUGGCAUUCCGCCACUGCACGACAAGGUCAAGGUCAAAGUAAUUAUCACUGAUGUCAACGAUAAUGCUCCGGAGUUCUUACGUACACCAUACCAAGUAACUAUCUCCGAAGAUGCCCCUGAGGGAACACAUAUUAUGCACAUUUUUACCAAGGAUGCAGAUGAAGGUCUUAAUGGAGACGUAUAUUAUACACUGGUUGCAGGGAAUGAAGCCAACCUUUUCGGCUUAGAUAGCGCCACAGGUCUGCUAACCCUUGCACAUAGAUUGGACCGGGAAUCACAAGAAAUUCAUCGCCUUACUGUAGUCGCACGGGACGCAGCAAUAAAAAAUUCUCUAACUUCCAGCGUCAACAUUACCAUCACAGUGCUGGACGACAAUGACAAUGCGCCGGAGUUCACACAAUCGAGCAGCGAAAUUUCUGUGUUGGAAACUAGUCCCAGUGGAACAGAACUUAUGCGGUUCCGGGCCAGCGAUGCAGAUCAAGGCAUGAAUAGCCAAGUGGUAUUUAGCAUAACGGCAGGCAACCGCAGGGACACAUUCCACAUUGACAGCGUUAGUGGUAGCCUUUACCUACACAAGCCGUUGGACUAUGAGGAUAUUACCAAUUAUACGUUAAACAUAACAGCUUCAGACUGCGGUAUUCCGCCGCUUUCCACCACGGUCUUAUACAACGUCAUUGUGGUGGAUGAUAACGACAAUCCACCCAUAUUUCCAAGCACGGCAAUUGUGCGUCAAAUUAAGGAGGGUAUCGCACUCAAGACGCCAAUUGUCACAGUCACUGCAGAUGAUCCUGAUUCCGGCCUGAAUGGUAAGGUAACGUACGUUAUCAGCAGACAGGAGCCGGAAACGGCCGGUGGACGUCACUUUGGCAUUAACACACAGACGGGCGUUAUAUAUACGCUGCGUGAGAUUGACCGAGAGUCCAUUGAUAACUUUCGGUUGACUGUAGUAGCCACGGAUCAGGCACAACCCUCAGAUCGCCAGCUGGCCACCGAGAAGCUGGUCACAGUCAUUGUAGAAGAUGUUAACGACAACGCGCCAAUCUUCGUUUCAAUGAAUGCAGCAAUUUUGCCAACAUUGCUGAACGGCUCGAUUCCACCGGGGAGUAUAGGUGGUCAUGUGAUGCAGGUGUUGGCCCGCGAUGCAGAUUCGUCGAGCAACGGCCUGGUCACAUAUGAAUUUGCCGGGGGCCAGCAAGAACUUUUCCAUCUGCAACGUAACACAGGAGUUAUCACACUUGGUAGUCAAGGGAGUCAGCCCCAAACUAAGCCCAACGUGCGUUACCAAUUGACCUUAAGGGCCACGGACGAAGCAAGUGGCGAGCGGAAGAGCACUGAAACCUAUAUCACAAUAAUAACGCUUGGCACUAGUAAUGGUGAAGGCGAUAGGCCAAUAUUUGAGAAUCACAACGCCCUAUUUGGAUCAGUCUACGAGAAUGAGCCGAUCGGGACGAGUAUACUGACGGUGAGCGCGCAGCUCGAAGGCACUGAGAUCGAGUACUAUGUGACAAAUGUCACGGCCAGUGAGAUGCGUGUCCAAGUUGACCGUCUUUUCGAUAUCGAUGCUAAAUUGGGCAUAUUAUCGACAGCGGUUGAAUUGGACCGUGAAGCUGGCCCUCCCAACUACGAGAUCGAGGUCCAUGCCAUUGCACUGGGCGGAAAGCCUCGGACAGCUCGUACAAAGGUUCAGGUAACUGUGUUGGAUAAAAAUGAUAGUCCCCCGAAAGUUCUCGAUACGCCAUUAAUUUAUACUGUAAGCGAAGAUCUAGAGAUCGGACACACCAUAGCUACAAUUCGAGCCACCGAUCCUGAUCCCGAUAUUAUGAGCAGUAUGGUUUUCACCCUAAUCAAUGGUCAUGAUGGAAGGUUUAUCCUGGAACCAUCAACUGGAAAACUUCAAUUGAGAGACUCUUUGGAUCGUGAAACAAAGGACAAGUACAAUAUGCGCAUCCGAGUGAGCGAUGGGGUGCAGUAUACAGAAACAGAUAUAAUCAUACAGGUGGAUGACACCAACGAUAACCCGCCCGUUUUUGAAGAAUCCGUUUACUCCUUUGACAUACCAGAGAAUGCACCACGUGGAUACCAAGUUGGUGAAAUUGUGGCCAAAGAUGUAGAUUUGGCUCAAAAUGCACAAGUCUCAUAUGCAGUUGUUUCUGAUUGGGCCAACGACGUAUUUAGCUUAAAUCCUCAAACGGGAGCACUAACUUUGACAGCUAAAUUGGAUUACGAGGAUGUGCAGCAUUACAUAUUACUUGUGCAAGCACAGGACAACGGUCAACCUAGUCUUUCAACUACUAUUACAGUAUAUUGUAAUGUACUUGACUUAAACGAUAAUACACCAUUAUUCGAUCCCAUGAGCUAUUCAAGUGAAAUAUUGGAAAAUGUUCCUGUGGGAAAGGAGGUAGUCACCGUGUCCGCCAAGGACAUCGAUUCGGGAAACAAUGGCCUCAUCGAAUUCAGCAUAACAGCCGGGGACGAAGACGGCGACUUUUGGAUCAACAGCAACGGAACGAUAUCCACACGUCGACAACUUGACCGCGAGCAUCGCAGUGCCUAUACUCUGACGGUCACUGCCCGCGACUGCGCCGAUGAAAUGGCCAUUUUCAGUGAGUUGAAGGAAUCGCAGAUGAAACUCAAAUAUCGGUCGCCCCGGCGUUAUUAUAAAAAACAUCAGCAAGAUCAGUUUUUAUCUCAUCAAAAACAAGAACGACUGUCGUCGACCGUGCAGGUAACGAUACUUAUCAAAGACGUCAACGACGAAGCGCCCGUGUUUGUUUCCGCAAAUGAGACGUCGGUGAUGGAGAAUGUGGCCAUCAACACGGUUGUGUUUACAGUGAAAGCCAUUGACAACGACGAGGGACGCAAUGGCUACAUAGACUAUUAUCUUCAAGAUGAGCGCAGAUUAAGUGAUGACAAUGGAUCGGCUGAGCCUCUGCCAUUUACUUUGAACCCAACCGAUGGUAUUUUACGCGUUGCCGAUUUACUGGAUAGAGAGCUCCGAUUAAAUUAUGUUUUGAAUAUAACAGCGCGGGAUCGUGGAGAUCCGCCACUUGCAACGCAAUCCCAGCUAACGAUUAAAAUCCUUGAUGUUAACGACAACAUUCCAGUAUUUGAUCCGAAGCAAUAUUCCGCAUCCGUGGCAGAGAAUGCUAGUAUAGGCGCCAUGGUGCUCCAAGUGUCUGCCACAGACAUGGACGAGGGCGACAAUGGCCGUGUGCGCUAUUCGAUUGUGUCGGGCGACCAAAAUCGUGACUUUAGCAUAAGCGAGGACACUGGAGUAGUAAGAGUUGCCAAAAAUUUAAACUAUGAGCGGAAAGCGCGAUAUAUAUUAACAGUACGUGCCGAGGAUUGUGCACCAAAGGAAAGCGCCAGUGAUAUUGCCGAGCUAAUCAUCAGCAUAAUUGACAUAAAUGAUAAUCGACCCACAUUCUUGGACUCCCCUUACAUUGCCCGCGUCAUGGAGAAUACUUUACCACCCAACGGCGGCUAUUUGCUCACCGUAACUGCUUUCGAUGCCGAUACUCCUCCUCUGAACAACCAAGUAAGAUACUUUCUCAAGGAAGGCAAUGCGGAUCUGUUUCGCAUCAAUGCCUCAACGGGCGACAUUGUCCUACUAGGAACUCUCGAUCGUGAGCUACAGAAUGAGUACAUAUUAACGCUCGUUGCUAUGGACACUGGCUCUCCGCCGCUGUCAAAUACUGGGAUUGUGAGAGUUGAAGUCCAAGAUAUCAACGACAACGGACCUGUUUUCGAGCUCCAAUAUUACCAUGCCUCUAUCCAAGAAAAUCUUCCGGUUGGGUCGUUGGUGCUCAAGCCCGUUGCCACCGACAAGGAUACCGGUCUAAAUGCUAAGCUACGGUUUGAUUUGCUCGGAGAGCACAUGUCGCAUUUCCACAUUGACACUGACACGGGCCAAAUAACUACGGCUGCCGUAUUGGAUCGUGAAAGCAUAGGUGUCUAUCAGCUAACACUUAUGGCUCAGGACAGUUCCAUUACUGAACCGCGCGCAACUUCUGUGAAUCUGACGAUCAAAGUGGGGGAUACAAAUGAUAAUAUGCCAAAGUUUGAGGCCAACAAUUUUAAUAUUAUCGUGCCAAACAAUAUCCGCGCUGGGGAAUUUGUUUUUGGUGCACGAGCCACGGAUUUGGAUGAGGGCGAAAAUGCAAUGGUUGUUUAUAAUAUAAGUGGUAAGGAUCAACACAUUUUCGAAGUGCACCCAUCCACGGGAGUUAUACGUACAAAAAUGGAGCUGGCACAAAAAAAUAAGCCGAACGUUGACAUUAUCUAUAACAUAAUCAUCCAUGCAACGGAUCAAGGAUAUAUGCCUCAAAUCUCGACAGCUGAACUUACGGUGCAACUACGUCCGGUGGAGCUCUUUCCUGUGUUCUCUUACAUGCCUAUCACUCAAUUUAAUUUACCGGAGGAUGUGCAACCUGGAAAAAUGAUUGCCAAAUUGGCAGCCUCAUCACCAAAGAAAGGAUCUGUUGCUAAUAUAAGGUAUAAAUUAGCCGGUGGAAAUAUGGGAAAUACAGCUGUUAUUGAUCCGACUACCGGCGUUUUAAGCGUUGGCCAAGAUGGAUUGGACUAUGAAUUGGCUCAUCAAUAUGAGAUCUGGGUUGCAGCUGCCGACUCGGAUAGACCAAGCCUUCGUACUGUUUCGCAGUUGACCAUUAACGUUACUGAUGCCAACGAUAAUCCUCCAGUUAUGGAGAAGCUUAUCUACAACGCAGAAAUCAUGGAGGAGGAAACACCACCACAACUUAUUGUUGCAGUCAAGGCGAAAGAUAGGGAUUCUGGAGAAAACGGUGAGGUUAGCUACCGAUUAAAAAAUGACUACAACGGCACCUUUGAAAUUGCCGAUUCUGGCGAAAUAUAUACAACCAUGCGCCUAGAUCGUGAAGAAUUGAGUGAUUAUGCGCUUGUUGUGGAAGCCGUGGAUCAAGGUGUGCCCCAGCUGACAGGUACUGCGAGUGUGUUGCUGCAUCUACUAGAUAAAAACGACAAUCCCCCCAAAUUUACACGUUUAUAUUCACUGAACGUAACAGAAAAUGCUGAAAUUGGCAGUUUUGUAAUAUGUGUGACCUCAUCUGACCUAGAUUUGGGCGAAAAUGCAAAUGCCACGUAUUCAUUUAGCGAGAACCCAGGUAAAAAGUUUAAAAUUGACUCGCAGAGCGGCAACAUUACGGUAGCAGGACAAAUUGACCGCGAACAACAGGAUGAAUACAUUCUCAAGGUUGUGGCCUCAGACGGAGCCUGGCGAGCGGAGACUCCAAUCACAAUUACCAUACAGGACCAGAACGAUAAUGCACCUGAGUUUGAACAUAGUUUCUACAGUUUCAAUUUUCCGGAGCUUCAGCAUGCAGUGGCCUUUGUGGGCCAGAUCAUAGCAACCGAUCGGGACAAGCAGGGUCCCAACUCUGUCAUCUCAUACUCGUUACAGUCGCCAUCCCCCAUAUUUAGCGUUGAUCCCGCUACGGGCGAGAUCUUCAGCAAAACACAAAUCCAGUACAAGCACUCACAGUACAUCAGCUCUCCGGAGAACAUGUUCGCACUUACCAUCCUGGCUACAGACAAUGGAAAGCCGCCACUCUAUACAGAAUGUCUGGUAAAUAUUAACAUAGUGGACGCAAAUAAUAACCCUCCGAAGUUUGAGCAUACAGAGUAUCUCUCCCCGUUGCCAGAACAAGCGGGUGCUGGUCAGCGAGUUGUGAGAGUACACGCUAAUGAUGAUUGCGACGUCGGAGUCAACGCGGAGAUUGACUACUCGUUGAUUAGCUCUAAUCUGAGCGCUUACUUUACCAUCAAUAAGCAUGACGGCUGGGUAACAUUGAUUAAACAGAUUAGAGUGCCAGCUAAUUCACGAUUUGAGCUAAACGUAAGGGCUACCGACCGUGGUGUUCCACCACUAUCAGAUCAGACUCGUGUUAUCGUGGUGGUCACGGAUGAAAAUCGACACGCUCCCGAAUUCAACCCACGGAGCUAUCAAGUGAUUGUGCCAGAAAACGAGCCCAUUGGCUCCACGAUUAUCACAGUCUCUGCGACAGACAAAGAUACCGGGCCCAAUGGCAUGCUGCACUACGCUAUUUCAGGCGGCAACGAAAGAAACUAUUUUAAUGUCAAUGAACGUACAGGUGCCAUCAUAAUAAUGCAGUCAUUAGAUUACGAUCUAAUGCAGGAAUACCACUUAAACAUAUCCGUCAAGGAUUUGGGCUACAAGCCUUUGACUGCGUUAGCUAUGCUCACGAUCAUACUAACUGAUGUCAAUGACAAUCCGCCGGUGUUUAAUCAAUCGGAAUAUCACGGCUAUAUUGCAGAAAAUAAACCAGUCGGAACAGCUGUAUUUCAGGCACACGCAACCGAUAAGGAUUCACCAAAAAACGCCAUCAUACACUAUUCAUUUCUGGCUAGGGGCACCGAUCAUCACUUCUUCAGUAUCAAUGUCAGCAAUGGUACAAUAUUAUCCUCCGCCAGUUUUGACUAUGAGGAGCGCCGUAGUUACACGCUGCAUAUUAAAGCAAAAAAUCCAGACUCGAGCAUGGAAAGUUAUGCAGUACUGUAUGUACACGUCUUGGGAGUUAAUGAAUUCUAUCCGCAGUUUGUGCAAUCUGCUUUUCAUUUUGAUGUUUCGGAAACUUCGUCUGUGGGAACUGCAGUGGGAUCGGUGCAGGCCACCGAUAAAGAUAUUGGCGAAGAUGGUAGAAUUUACUAUUUGCUGGUUGGCUCUAGUAAUGAUAAGGGCUUUGGUAUCAAUACAAACACAGGCGUGAUAUAUGUCACCCGUAAUUUGGAUCGCGAGACCCAGAAUCGCGUCGUGCUAAUGGUAAUGGCCAAAAAUUACGGUAGCAUACGGGGAAAUGAUACGGCUGAAGCGCAGGUUACCAUCUCUAUUCAGGACGGAAACGAUCCUCCGGAGUUUGUUAAGCGUUACUACUCUUCAACAAUAUUGGAGUCUGUGCCGCUUGGAACUAUGGUGACAACAGUCAAAGCAAUCGACAAGGAUGUUCGUCCGCAAAACAAUCAGUUCACAUACUCAAUAAUUAACGGAAACAUAAAGCAAAGUUUCAAGAUCGACGCAGAAACCGGAGAGAUCAGCACUGCAGCACUCUUAGACCGAGAGGAUAUUGCGCACUAUAAUCUAGUUAUAGGUGCAAUUGAUACAGGUCUACCACCGCAGACGGGCACUGCUACUGUGCGCAUUGACUUGGACGAUAUCAACGACAAUGGCCCCAUAUUUAGUUCAGAUGGCCUUCUAGGCUAUAUCUCAGAAAACGAGCCUGCAGGCACAUCAAUAAUGACGUUAGCAGCAAGCGAUCCAGACCUGCCGCACAAUGGAGCACCUUUCAGUUACAAGAUUGUGGGUGGCAAGCAUAAAGCUUGGUUUACCAUCGACAAAUACACAGGAUUGGUAAGGUCUACUGCUAGCUACGAUCGCGAAGCAACCCCCAUUCUAGAAGCCAUAAUUGAGGUGGAGGACAGCGGAAGCCCCAAACAACAUUCCCAACAUAAGCUGGUUAUAAAGGUGCUAGAUCAAAAUGACAAUCCAUCUACGCCGCGCACUGUCCAUGUGGCUGUCAGUAUCUUUAAUGGUGAUUUACCCGCGAAUACGAAACUAGCUGAUGUACGCCCAAAUGAUGUUGAUAUUGUGGGAGACUAUCGCUGUCGUUUGCAAGGCAGUGGACAGCUGACAAUAAAGAGCGGCUGUGACCUGUACACAACGUCAUUGACUACGCCAAUGUCAUACCUAUACGACGUAACUGGUAAUGAUGGGAAACAUGGCGAUGUUAGCUCUAAGGUGACCGUGGAUUUCCAGAGCUUCAACAACAAUACACUUGCCAACACUCUGCCCCUCUUAUUACGGAAUAUGUCAGCUACGCAGUUUUUGGCGCAUUAUUACCGUCAAGCCCUAGAGAUGCUCCAAUCACGCUUUGGUCCUGGUGAUGAAAUUCUUCUUUACAGCCUAAUUGAAAUAGACACCAAUAACGCAAGCAAUAUAGAUCUAGAAGCCCUAUUUGUCGUGCGCACUUCCAACCUCACCUACCAUCAACCACAUCAAAUUAUCGAACGUCUUCGUGAAAAGCGCUCUUCUCUGUCCGACCUAUUGCACACGGAUAUAGUAAUAGGAUAUGAACCUUGCAGUACACCUAAUGUUUGCGCUAAUGGCGGGGUCUGCAGUGCUACAAUUCGCCUGCUGGAUACGAGCCACUUCAGCAUAAUCGACAGCCCUACGCUUGUUCUUAGUGGACCGCGCAUCAUUCACGACUACACUUGCCAAUGUGCUAAGGGCUAUGCGGGUGAACAGUGCGCCAGACGGCAGGAUCCCUGUCUACCUAGCCCCUGCCAGGGGCAGGCUCAAUGCCGACGACUGGGUAAUGACUAUCAGUGCGAGUGCCCGGCUAAUCGAGAGGGCAAGGAGUGUCAAAAGGAGCGCAGUGAUGUGUGCUGGAGUAAGCCUUGCCACAAUGGCGGCAGCUGCCAACAUAGCCCAGAUGGAGCCUCAUACUUUUGCCUUUGCCGACCCGGGUAUCGGGGCAGCCAGUGUGAGAGUAUUACCGAUUCGUGUCGACCAAAUCCGUGUCUGCACGGUGGCUUAUGCGUCAGCUUAAAACCAAGCUAUAAAUGCAGUUGUCCAUCAGGUCGCUAUGGGCGUCAUUGUGAACGUUUUAGCUACGGAUUUGAGCCACUAUCCUUCAUGAGCUUCCCCUCUUUGGAUCCAACAACAAACGAUAUUUCUAUAGUGUUUGCUACGAGUAAGCCGACGGCGUUAUUAGUGUAUAACUACGGUUUGCAGAACGGAGGACGCUCAGAUUUUUUGGCCAUUGAGCUGGUGAAGGGUCAAGCGGUUUUCUCUUCGGGAGGCUCACGUACUGCCAUUAGCACAGUUGUGGCAGGACUCAAUCUCGCCGAUGGUAGCUGGCACAAAGUAACAGCCACCCGAAAUGGUCGCGUCAUGUCGCUGAGCAUCGCCAAAUGUACGGAAUCUGGUGAAGUGUGCUCGGAAUGCAUUCCCGGCGACUCCAGCUGUUAUGCGGACGAUGUUGUUCCCAUGGGCACACUUAACUUCAACAAACAGCCUCUGUUUAUUGGAGGCUUACAAUCAGCAGAUCCAAUACUCGAGCGUCCGGGUCAAAUUCACAGUGACGAUCUUGUUGGGUGCGUUCACAGUGUUUCGAUCAAUGGACGCGCUUUGAAUUUGAGCUCACCAAUACAGCAGCAUGGCAUUUUACCAGGCUGCAAUAGACAGGCCUGCCAGCCAGCUCUGGCAGCGGAACGCUGCAGUAGCUAUGCGGGCCAGUGCAUUGAUCGCUGGUCAACCUCGCUGUGUCAGUGUGGUGGUGAGCUACUCUCUCCUGACUGUGGUAACUCACUGGAGCCUGUCAAAAUAAGCAGUGGUGGUUUCCUGGAAUUCAAAAUUUCUGAACAAUAUCGACGCAUGCAGCUUCUGGACAAUCUGUACAACGAAAACAAUGCGUGGUCAAACUUUGGCAGUCGCACAAAGCGUCUGUCAUCGUAUAACGCGAGUGCUGUAACGACAUCCUUCUAUGACCCUCCCAAGGUCUUGAGUUUUCUCUUUCGCACAUACAAGUCACACGGAUUGAUAUUUUAUGCUGCAACUAAUCAGAUGUACACUUCAUUGUCCCUGUUGAAUGGCAAACUGGUUUACUAUUCAAAGCAGCACCUGUCCAUCAACAUGACUGUGCCAGAGCCAGCAGCGUUAAAUGAUGGCAAAUGGCACAACGUUAGUCUCCGCAGCCAGAGUCACAUCCUCCACCUGCUUAUUGAUGGACACCAAGUGGGCGAGGAGUUGGACGUAGCGGGCGUGCAUGACUUCCUAGAUCCGUAUCUUUCUACGCUUUGUGUGGGCGGUGCCUCUAACGUUUUGAUAAAUGAAGAACAUUUUACGGGCUGCAUAGCCAAUUUCUCCAUCAAUAAUGAAUUGCAGCCGCUUAAUGGCUCAGGCAGCAUAUUUCACGAAGUUAAACAACAUGGAAUUGUGGAACUUGGCUGCAAAGGGACAGAUAUUGGUGUCGAUGCUGCCCAAGUAGCUGAUCCAUUGAGCAUAGGCAUAACACUGGUUAUUGUGUUUUUCGUCAUACUCGUAGUAGCUAUAUUCGGCUCAUAUGUUAUUUAUCGCUUUCGGGGAAAACAGGAAAAGAUUGGUAGCCUCAGCUGCGGUGUACCAGGAUUUAAAAUAAAGCACCCACCCGCCCCAGCUACUCAAAGCCAAACAGCCGACCACGUCAUUUCCCGUAGUAUACAUGCGAGUGACUCUCCAGCACCAAUCGUAUGCAACAAUGAUCACAUGCGCCCGCCUGGUCAUCAUUUGGCCGGACCAGAGCUUAUUACAAAGAAGUUCAAAGAACGCAGUGAACUACCACCCACCGCCGACCAUCCGCAGCCACAGCAACGUCCCCAACGCCCAGACAUCAUUGAACGCGAGGUGGUCGGCAAGAGUCCACCAAUUAGAGAGGAACAUCAUCUUUCUAUACCACCACCAAACCCACUGCACCCCCUCGACCAUGGAAGCUCUGUGGAUUUGGGCUCCGAGUAUCCGGAACACUACGAUUUAGAAAACGCCAGCUCAAUUGCGCCGUCCGAUAUUGAUAUCGUUUACCAUUACAAGGGGUACCGCGAGGCGGGGGGCAUGCGUAAGUAUAAAGCAACCACGCCCCCCGUAGCGUCCUAUACACACCACAAACACCAGAGCACAGCAGCCCAACAGCAGCAUCGACAUUCACCGCGCCACGCUGUCAACGCCCCAUUUGUACCACGUGUACCCAAUCAAAACAACCAACCACCCCCAUCAACAAGUGCGUCUCGCACCCACCAGACUACCCCACUGGCACGCCUAUCGCCCAGCUCCGAGUUAAGCUCUCAACAACCCAGGAUUCUAACCCUGCAUGAUAUCUCGGGCAAACCGUUGCAGAGUGCUCUUCUGGCAACCACAUCUAGCUCUGGUGGCGUUGGCAAGGAUGCGCUCCACAGCAACAGCGAACGUAGCCUAAAUAGUCCUGUGAUGUCGCAACUGUCCGGUCAGAGUUCCAGUGCCAGUCGUCAAAAGCCUGUGGCACCGCCUAAAGCACCAACACAGACAUCAAUGGGUCUCACGGCAGAGGAAAUUGAGAGACUCAAUGCUCGGCCUAGAACUUGCAGCCUAGUUUCGACCCUUGAUUUGUCAUCAAGCAGUGAAGCGCCGACGCCUCGAGUUCCAGGUGGUGCACUUCACCUGUCUCUUGGCGGAGAUGUGGAUGCGCAUAGUUCAACCUCGACAGAUGAGAGUGGCAACGAUAGCUUUACUUGCUCUGAGAUCGAGUAUGACAACAAUAGUUUAAGCGGCGAUGGCAAAUACUCUACCAGCAAAAGCAUGCUCGAUAGUCGUAGUCCUGUGGCGCGUGCAAUCAGCGGGGAACCAAGCAGGAACCAAAAUGUGUCCAAAACUCCGCCCAUACCACCGCACGCCUAUGACGGAUUUGAGUCAUCUUUUCGCGGCUCGCUCAGUACACUUGUUGCCAGCGACGACGAUCUAGCGAACCACCUGAGCGGCAUUUACCGCAAAGCAAAUGGGAACGCUUCGCCAUCUGCAACCACAUUGGGUUGGGAGUAUUUGCUAAACUGGGGACCAAGCUAUGAGAAUCUAAUGGGCGUAUUCAAGGACAUAGCAGAACUGCCAGACACGACAAGCCCGCUGCAACAGCAACAGCAGCCCACCCAGACAGUGUCGACUUUACGUAUACCCAAUGUACAAAAAGCACCAGAGGAGUAUGUGUGAAAUACUCAGGACCGAGUAUGUAUAUUAAGCGUAAGACUUUAACCCUU